AAAUGCACAAUAAUGAUUCUUACCUGGGAAGCCAUUGGUUUCGACAUUUUCUCCUCCUCGGAUUUCCCGACCUCGAAUAUUCCUAAACCCUAAUCAUCUUCUUCUUCUUCUUCUUCCCUUAAAUCGUCGUCUUUAUUCUGCACUUUUCAACUGUAAUUUCUUCAUCGGAUCUUGAAAUUCCUGGAAAUUAAAAGGAAAUGAAGAAAAUUGUGCUGAAGCUGGACUUUGCCGAUGACAAAAUUAAGCAGAAAGCCAUGAAAAAGGUCUCCGGCCUCUCAGGGUUGGAGUCGAUAGCAUUCGAUCCAAAGGAGAAGAAGCUGGUGCUCACCGGCGACAUAGAUCCGGUCGCUGUCGUGGCGAGACUGCGGAAGCUCUGCCGCACGGAGAUCGUCUCCGUCGGGCCGGCGAAGGAGCCGGAGAAGAAGAAGGAAGAGCCUAAGAAGGAGGAGCCGAAGAAGCCCGACGAUAAGAAAAAGGACGGUCCGAAGGAGGAUCCGAAUGUAAUCAAGGCUCUUCCGGCGUUCUACCAGCAACCGUACUACUACCCGGCGGCGUACCAGUACCAGUACCACGCGCCGCCGCCGCCGCCGUACGGCCAACGGAGCGUGGAGGAGGAUCCCAACGGGUGUGUAAUUUGUUAAUUGUUGAAAUUUGUUUGUUUUAUUUCCGGGGGUAGUUUUGGUAUUUUUGUUUAUUAUAUUUUGCAAAGAGGUGGGACUUUUUCUUGCCAGAGAAAAAUAAAUAAUUAAAUAUUGGGCUCUUGGAUAUAAUUGUGUAUAUAUUUUUGUAUGUAUGUAUUAAUUGAAUAAAUCGUUAUUUAUAUUA